AUGGAGCGUGACGGGUGGUCUUCGUAUGCGCUGGACGAUAAGGGCAUCAGCAUUCGGAAUCGCGUGAGGCUGUCGCAAGCACCGGAGUCGUCGUCGGAGUCGUCGCUGGCCAGCUUCAUCAGCAACCUCGCGCGGCCGGCCGGCUCGUACCGCACGCAGUUCCUGCCUUCGCCGCAGCAGCGCAAGAAACAGCAACCGCAGUCGCAGCAACAAGCAGACGAUCAGAAAGACCAGUCUCAAGCCGACCAGCCGGCUGAGCAAGGGCAGAGCACCGACUGCAAGGAGCAGCAGCAGUCUCAUGCUGACCAGGAGUCGAAGCAGUCGCCGUUACCGCUUCCCCUCUCCCUUCCUCGCUUCUUUAACUGCCCGCAGCGGUCCUUGUCGCUCGACCCUCGCAUUCUUCGCAAGCUGCUCUUCGAGCGACACGCAGAACCGUCGCAAGACGACGCGACGGAAGGCGACGAGUCGAGCCCCGCCGACAAACAACCAGAGCUCCUGGAACAAAUGACUCAUCCGCAGGAGCCGGCGUCAAGCACGGAGAAGAAAAACUCGACCUCGGAAAAGAAACCGUCCCUGCACCGCCGAUCAUCCCUGCCGUUCGUCAAGGAGGUUCGGGAAGACGCCGAAGCUGACGAAGGCGAGGCGAAGCCGAUCCGCGAGGAGGGGCAGACGCGGGUUCUUCCGCUGGACAUGGAGAUGUUGCCGCGCACGCGGUGGGAGGAGCUGAGCGAGCAGCAGCUGCUGCACGAGCUGCAGCGCCGCGAGGAGGACGCCGCGCGCCUCAGGCGCAUGCGCGAGCAGCAGGAGCGGGCCGGCGCGCGGGAGUCGUCCCGGGAGAGGCGGCGGGACGUGUCGCCUCAACGGGAUUUUCUUCCCCGCGACACCCUCACGUGGGUGCUGCUGGCGGGCGGCGCAAUCGCCGCGGCGGCGUCCGCGGUGGGCAACAAGCGGCGCAAGGCGCACCUCACGGAGUCCUGCCUAAACACCCAACCGCUUACUGUUGUCCCCGUUCCCACUUGCUGUCCUUUGCCAGCCAUUUGCCCCCUCAACCUCCCUGUCUCUCCCCACCUUCUCCCCCGGCCUACAGUCGCCCUGAGCGAUCCUCGCGGCAGCAGCGUCACGGGGGACGGCGGCGGGCGCAGCAGCAGGCGGAGCAGCAGCCGCCACAGCCACCACCACGACCGCGCAUACUACCACAGGCACGCGCACUUGCGCGGGCACGAGGGGCACGGGGGGAGGCAGCGCGCGCGCGGGGCCGAUUGCGGGGCGAACGACAGCGGGGAGUCGCGCGAGGCUUAUCUGGGAGAGCAGUACUCCGGGCAGGGGGGGUACGUGGGGGAAAGGCUUGCGCCUGCGGAGCGGGGGAGCUACAGCGAGAGGCGGAGACGAGGGGGAAGCAGCAGUAGGGCUUACAAAGAGGGCAGUGCGACCAGUGCUGCUGCUUACACCGCUGAUGCCUACUCCCCUUCUUCCUCCGCCGCUGCCGCCGCUGCUGCUGGUGUUGGUGGCGCUGGCAGCAGGGCGCGGACUUACUCCCUCUCCUCUGGUCAAGACGCCGCCGCCGCCACCGCCGCUGCCAUGGCAGCCGGCACAGCCGCCGCUGCUGCAGGCGCGCUCGCCGCCCCCUCCCUUCCCCCUUUCGCUCCCCCUCACCACAUCCUCGUGGCGCCAGGCGCAGCAACGGGAGGGGCUCCCCCUGUGGGCCUGGGUCUGCUGGGCAAGGAUGCUCCGGAGUUCUGGGCUGCGCUUCCUUCCGACGCGCUCGCAGCAGCGUCCGCCGUGGCAGCUGCGGCGGCCAAGGGGAAAGCGCCCCUGUUUACGCCUGAGAGCUCCGCCCCUGGCGCGGGUGCGGGCCCGUCGUCCUCGCUUCAGCUGCACACCCCCUCACAGAAUGGUGAGCGCGCGGCGCCGCACGCGCCCUUCUCUUCCCCUUCGCCUGGCGUGUUCCGCUUCACCGGCGCCAGCCCCAGCGGCGGCGGCGGAACUGAUGGCACAGGCGCGGGGAGCAGCGGAACGCCGCUGGGUCUUCUGGGGAGCGGCGUGGGGACCUUCUCCGGGCUGGGGGCGUCCGCGCAUACGUCCAGCCCCUCUUCCGCCGCGGGGCUCCCCUCCCGCCGUGAGGAGGUGCUGCGGCUGCGCGCGCAGCUGCGGAGGCGCGACGAGAUGAUUCUCGACAUGCAGACACAGCUGCUGCGCCAGGAGGAGGGGGUUGCGCAGCGGAUGGACGGACUGGCGGAGCUCGAGCACGCGCUGGAGGAGCAGCGCGCGGAAAAGGCACGCGCGGAAGCGAGGGCGGCGGAGGCGGAGAGAGAGGCGGAAGCCCAGGCGGAACAGUGCCAGGCUUUGUUGCGGAGGCUGAAGGAGCUGGAAAGGGGCAAGGGGGGAAGAAGCUUAAGCGGGGACAGUUCCGGGGGUGGAAAUGCUAACGCGGAAGGAGAAUCUGAGGAGGGAGAGUCCAGGGCGGCGGAAGGCGUGCUGGAGGCGCAGAUUGCGGAGGCUGUGGCGGCGGCGAAGGAGGCGGCCAGGCAGGCGGCGGAGGCCGCAGCAGCGGAGCAGUACCGCGUGGGGAAGGCGGAAGGAUCGCUAGCCGCGCAGCGGGAGCUGGAAAUCGCCGUGCGCCGGGGCAGGCAGCUGGAGGAGCAGCUCUCCACGGCGGAGGAAUCCGCGGAGAAAUGGGAGAGGCUUGCGCGCGAGGCCAUGGCGGAAAGCGCGCGGAAGGAGGCGGAGGCAGCGGAAGCAGAGGCGCGCGCCGCCCGCGCAACAGCCGAGGCGGAGCGCCUGGAUGAGGAGUGCGCGGCGCUGGGCGCGCAAUACCAGGCGGUUCAGGAGCAGGCGGAGGCGCUGGAGAACGACCUGCGGGAAAUGCAAGAAAAGGCGGAGCUUUGGGAAAACAGAGGCCACGAGGCCGUCUCUAUAGUGGAGAUGCUUGAAUCGGAGCUGACUGUAGCGAAGCAGCAGGCGGAGGAGGCGGAGGAGGCGAAGCGGGAGGCGGAAGAGGCGCGGCGAGAGGCGGCGGACGCCAAACUAGAGGCGGCUAUGGCGCGGGAAAAGGUGGCGGAUGCCUCUGCCGCGAUGGAAGAGAAGGUGGUGCAGCAGGAGAAGGAAGAUGAGGUGGCGCACGAGGAGGGGGAGGGGGGCUCUGCAGCAGAAGCGGUUGGUGACUCCGAGCAGGUGGUUGUGCUGGAGUCGUAUGGCAGUGGCGUUCCCCCUGCCGCCCACCCUGACGUGCAGGAGGCUGGCGUGCAGGAGGCUGGCGUGCAGGAGCAUCAGGAGGAAUCAGAAGCUGCAUUAGGGACCAAGGCUGUGAGCCAGGCAGAUGCAGCGAAUCAGGAUGGUGCAGCGAACCAGGACAAUGCCGUCAUUCAGGCAGGUGUAGACGCAAAGGAUGCAGCUGAAGCUACUCCUGCUGAAGCUACUCCUGCCGAGGCCACUCCUGCCGAGGCAACUCCUGCCAAAGCUACUCCUGGCGAAGCUACUCCUGGCGAAGCUACUCCUGCCGAAGCUACUCCUGCUGAAGCUGUGCCUGCUGGACCUAUGCCCGCUGAACCUGUGUCGUCUGAAGCUACAGCAAGGGUGGGCCAGCAGCUGAGUCAAGUGAACCGGGCCCGUUCAAAUUUACCAGGGGAGGUGGAACUCCUCAGAAAGGCCGGCGUGGUGGUGGCUAUAACCGAGGGGGUAACCGAGGUGGUAGACGGGGUGGCAAGAAUUGGUAGCCCUGCAACUCAGGUUAAUUUAUUGGAAGACAUUGGUGGCCCUUAG